AUGCCUCGACAAUCCAAGCCCGCCGAACUCACACUGCAAGCGAAGAAUGGCGCUCACAAUGCUGCCAACAGCAGCUCGAUAAACCUCGAAGGUGUCGACCUGGGCUCCUUUGGCGGCAGCUUCGAGCACGACAUAGCAGCCGGCCUGACUCCAUUGCCCAAAGACCUACCGCAAUCGCCCUUGUCGCCACGAGCCACGCACAGCAGCGGCAGAGAACCGAGCAAGGGCUUCCUGAGCAGCCUGAAGAGUCGAGUUGGAUCGGAACAGGAGGUCAGGAAGGAUUCACGGCAGGCAAAGRACAGGGAGGACGAGUACAGACCCAACACCAGCAGCGUGUCAAAGAUCUAUCACCUGCGCAACAAUCCCGGGAGCACACCGGAACUGAGUCUGGUGGGAAGUAACGAGAACAUGCGCAAGGACUCGCUCGAAAGCGAAAAAUCAGCGGUACCUUCUGGAAGACCGACGCCGAAUCAUCAGCCAAGUGAGGAGAGCACCGCCGCCAGGCGAAAGGACAACAAAUCAUUUCGCCUUGGAAUCACGCGGUCCAAGUCAAUACGAAGAGACUCGCAUUCCAAGUCCAGGCCAACAAACGGCAAAGAGUCAAUGGCGGGCAAGGACUCCUUCGAGGGUUCACCGGCAACGGCGCCAAUACAAUCGGACUGGCCCGGAUCUAAUGCACGGACAAUUGGCAAAGGCAAAGAGCAGGACAGGCGUGGAAAGUCGGCUGAGCGAGCGCCAUCACACUACGAGAGUGAGGAGAACUUGUCGACAUCCUACCCCAAAUCCAGCAAGGAGGCCAAGGGAGGCUUCAAGGCGGGUAGCAAAAACGUCAUGUCCAAAGCCAAGUCUGGCGGCGGCAGCUUUCUCAAUCGGCUCGGCAAGAUUGGUCGGAGCACCAGCAGCCAUGAAAAGGACGUGCCGGAUAACGAAUACACCAUGAAGGUGAUCAAUUUGCCACUCGUCGAGCAGACUCGCCUCACUCGCAUAAGCAAGCAGCUUUCUGGAUGUCGGGAUAAGACCGAGUAUUGGAUGCCAAGUCUUCCUUGGAGAUGUAUUGAUUUCUUAAACACCAACGCCGAAGAGGAAGGGCUCUACCGCAUCCCAGGGAGCGGGCCUAAAGUGAAACACUGGCAACGGCGUUUCGACAGCGAGCUCGAUAUUGACCUGCUAUCAGAGGAAGUGACCGACACCAAUGAGAUCGCCAGCAUGCUCAAGGCUUGGCUUCGCGAGCUGCCUUCGGAGAUGAUGCCUGCCAGUCUACAAAAGUCGCUGGCUACUCAGCUUGAAAAGGAGAAUCCCAACUACAAGAACGUUGGCCAGCCGGCAUCGCAGCUGUUGCGUGACUGCUUGUCCGAUCUUCCACCCUACAACUAUUACCUCUUGUUCGCCAUCACCUGCCAWCUCUCAUUACUGCUCACGAAUAAGGACAUCAACAAAAUGGAUCUCAAUAAUCUGGCAGUCUGCGUUGGUYCUUGCUUGAACUUGGAUCGAUGGCUGUUCAACUACCUUGUUGGCGACUGGCGACACUGCUGGCAGGGAUGUUAUACCGAAAAGGACUACUUGAAAGUUGAAGAGAUGGUCGAGGCGGGCGUUGAUCCCGCCUCCAUCGACGCAGAUCAGCUUACUACUGGGGAUUUGAGCGAUGAAAAGUCUCUCAGUCAGAGUCUCCGAACGACCAAUCUGAGCGAUGACCGGUCAACCAGUCGCAGCGAGUGGGCCACCACCACUGGUGGCAAUUCUGACACUGCAUCAACACACGAUUCACGUGCGAUGAGCAGUGGAAAUAGUGAUGCGAGGUCCACCUCCCGAAGCCGCAGCAGAGUCGAGAACUAUCAGCCAUUGACUUAUACUCCUGUCGGCUACUCCAAUGACAACUACGGCCUUGGCGUAGAGCCCGAAACAAAGCGUCCGUCAACCGCAGAGCAGCGGGGCGCUCCUGAGAACGGCGCCGUCAAAGGCACCACAGCUGGCAGCGUCAAACCUCGAGCUGACAGUACGACACCUCGCGUGGGUCAUGGCCGCAGUCGCAGCGAUGUGCCUGCAACACCAGUCCAGGGCAGUGAUGGUGGCGAUUUUGGUUUCUUCAACACCCGCAGCUGA